CACAAACAGUCAAGUUUGUUUACCUAUGCGCUUCUCUCUGCCGGCUUUAUAUUUACCUUUCGCCCUAUUGAUCUCAGUAGAAGACUUUUGCAUAAACUUUUCGUAUUAAUGUGACUAGUAAUCUCCUUUAAACCGUACCAUUGGGCAGUAUUUAUCACGAUGAGGAACUGUUAUGUGUACAAGUGUGAUCGGCAGCACAAGGACGACCCAAAGCGAGCGAUGUUUAACGUUCCGAAGGAUCCGCAAAAGUUUGAGGAAUGGCGCCAAGCACUCCCCAAACAUCGGCCCUUGCGGCCACACGAUCGGGUGUGUGAAAAACACUUUAAACCGACCGACAUAAAGCGCGACUGGACGUAUCACAUUGAAGGCAAGACGAGGAAACUGUCGCGAUCGAAACCGGUGCUCCGACCGGACGCAGUACCCUGCAUCUUUAACGUCACGAUCCCGGACGCUGAAGCGGUACGAACCGGCAAAGGACGCAGUAAAAAAUCCGAGGAAGAAGAACGUUCGGAGGAGAAUGUGAUCGUGGUGGUUGAAAGUACGGUGGGCCAGCAAGUGGUGGAAGAACCGGUUGAUCCAGAACAGUCCGUGGUUAUUUUGAUCGACGAAAGCGAACUGAUGGACGACGUAAACAAACAGGAUGUAGCAACUCCGGGUGAGAACAGUGUGGUGGAGGUACUCGGGACGGUAGUGGAUGUUGCAGAAAAAGAAUCCAUUUUCGAGGAUUUGUACGAUAACAUCUACGAAGUGGAACUGCCAUCCACGCUGUGGGGUGUACACCGCGAACCGGACUCAAAGUUUGUCGCGUUCAGUCGGUUUGGAUGGUGCGCGAAGGAUGGGAACGUAGCCAGAUCGGUCUCGUUGUUGAUUGAUUGCAGUUUGUUAUGUAGGGCCUGGUACGAUGGGAGCCUAGUGUUGGGGAAAGAUCUUACAACACAACUGGCAUCAUCCCGGUCAGAUGAGAAGGGAACUACGGUCCAGCUAAACACGACCUUAGUGAAAUUACUUGACAGUUUAGAACAAUACGCAGCCAGGGAAGCAUUGGCUGAAGUCGAGGAAGUUAAAGAAAGAUUAGAAAAUUGUUUAAAAUACGAAUCUGUCGCGGAAAGUAGCGAUAAGCUAUCCUCGAACGCUAGAGCGGCUAGUGGUGAAGGGCUGGUUUCGAACAAAGACCGAACGUAACUGGAACGGA